UCUUCUGUCUUUCUCAGACACACACAGUGACAAAACCUGGUCACCGGCAAAAAAAAAACACUGUUUCGAGACCGAAUUUUCUCAUCGGAAAAUGUUACGUCAGCUUCCACCUACUAUUACGGCGGACGCCACGCCGGAUUGGCUUCCCGUCGGUUGGAUUGUUCACUCUACAGUUCUAAAACGCGGUCGUCAAACUAAGUUAAAAUCCUUACAAGAUAGAGAGACCGCAAGCGAAAGGCCGUCGUGGCUUCCGGAUGAAAGGAAAGCAGAGUUGGGGAUUGGUUCUGUUAGUGGACACCCUUACAAGAUGAAUGUGAACACAUCAAAUGAUUUUAAAACCAAUCCAAAGGAGACAGUGGUAUUAGAUGAUAACUCUAUGGAAUCUGAAGAUUCAUCGGGUGAAGAAUACGAAACCGGGUGUAAUGAAAUUACGUAUGCAAUUGAGGAGGAUGAAGAAGAUUUUUCGGAGAGGGAAUAUGUCGAAAAUGUGGAGAAUUACUCUAAUAUAACCUCUACUCCUCUACGGUUACAGCCAGAAAGAAUGCAGAAAUUGGAGUCUCGAGCAAAAACGCAAUGUGUGUUUGAAGAUGAGGAUAUGAGUAGUGACAGUGACAACAAACUUCCAGAAGCUGAGAUUUCAAAAGAAGGAAAUGGUUUGGGAGAGGCUCGUAUUGUAUCUAACCUAGUCGAGUCUUUUGAUGAGAAAACCUCGCAUAGUGUUGUGGUUGAGUGUGAUGAUAAGGCGAGGGAGAUCCCGGGUUUGACUGGGUCAUUAACUGUUGAAAUCAACCUGGACUGUGAACCUGCAAGUGAUAGUUUGGUAGAGAAGAAUUGGAAGAAAAGUGGGAGCGAAGGAAUAGGAACAAGAAACAUUGAGAUCAUUGACCUAGAGAGUGACGUGAUUCACAUAAGUGGGGAAUCUGGCGAUACAAGUAAAGAGCCUCUGAAAGCUCAAGCUGCGCUGGAAGAACCUGAUAAUGAGUGGGGAAGAUCGGUCUUCUUUCCAGACAGAGAAGCCCCGUCACAUUCUGUACUUGUCUUUGAAAAUUCUAAUGCUAGAUCAUCUGUAGAAGAUCUUAGCAACACCAUUGAGCUUGGUUUAAACCCGCAAGAAAAGAACAUCAGUGGCUCUAAAAAGCGGAAGAAGAAUACGGAAACAUGUUCAUCUACGAACACCAAGAAGAAAGGCAUUGAAGCACCAACUAAAAAACUUCAGAAAAGCAAGACACCACCAAGCAAACCGCAUGGCAAGAAGGGAAGUUCAAGUGUAGGCAUGGACAGAAAACCUGAUGAUUGGCUUAAACCGUGCCCAAACUUCCCAUUUGAGCCACUCACAAGAUCAUUUCAAGUAGAGGAUGACUCGGUAAUCCGCAUGUACUUAGAGCAACACUUUACAGCUCCAGGGAGUGCUGAUAGUAAUCUACCUUUACCCGAUUUCGGAUUGCCAACCUUCUCCAACAUCAAAAUCUCACUGAAUGAAGAACCUGCAUCCAAGAAAAAGAAAUCUCCUGAUCCUCCAUGUGUACAAGUUGCAAGUUCAAGCUUACCUAGUUGUAGUUCCAUGGGUACUAGUAUGCUACAAACAGUUGCAGGACACUAAAGAGACACUGAGACUUGACAAGUUUAAGAUGAAAUUGGGAUUUGUUGGGAUGAAAAUUCUAUAAAUUUCUAAUUCCAUC